AUCAAGCACGAGAAGACACCAAUGUUCGAUGAACUCCAAUUCAAUCUAUGACUAUAAAAGGCAUAGAAACCCCUUGCCAACUCAAUCCAAAGCCAAAAGAAAUGGAAAAUAGAGAAGAGGUGAAGGUCCUUGGAACAUGGUCAAGCUUGUUUGUGUUAAGGGUUAGAAUAGCAUUAAAUGUGAAGCAAGUGAAGUAUGAGUUCUUAGAAGAGGUUGCAGGGUUGCACUCAAAAAGUGAACUCCUUCUUAAGUCCAAUCCAGUGUACAAGAAGGUCCCUGUGCUCAUUCAUGGUUCUAAUGCUGUUUGUGAAUCUCUUGUUAUUCUUCGAUACAUCGAUGAGGCUUUUGUCGAUGGUGAUCGACUUUCUCUUCUUCCUUCCGAUCCUUAUGACCGUGCUCUCGCUUGUUUUUGGGCGUGUUACAUCGAUGAUAAGUGGUUUUCUUUUUUGAUUGGAGUCAUAAGAGAACAAAACAAAGAAGCAAAAGAAGAAUCAAUGAAACAAGUUCAAACAGGGCUUCAACUUUUAGAGGAAGUUUAUUGUAAAUGCACUAAUGGAAAGCCCUUCUUCAAUGGAGAAAGCAUUGGGUAUUUGGACAUUGUUUUGGGGAGUUACAUGUUAUUACUCAAAGUUGCAGAGAAGAUAAAGAAUGUUAAGUUUCUUGAUGGAAACAAGACUCCAAAGUUGGUGACAUGGAAUCAAUGUUUUUGUUUAAAUGAUGAUGUCAAGAAUGUGAUGCCUCAAUUUGAUGAGUUUUUUGAGUAUGUUAAGAUGAGAGUUGGUGGUGGUGGUGGUGGUGAAAACAAAAAACUAGUGUGGAAGAUGGAAUAA